AUGGCUGCUCACAGUUCUGUUCUGGAUAUGCUUCGGACUGUGCUUGUUCGUGGACAGGUAGAGGCCACUGACUAUCAGACUCUCUUCUCCCCCGUCGUGCAUCCUCCGAAGAAGCGCUCACCUUCUCUGAACCAGCGGCGGCGGCGCCGCCUGCUCCUCAGGUUCGCCGGCGACACCUGCGUAGCGUUCGACCAGUACCUGCGCGACCCCGGCAACAGCAGCUUGGGCGAAAUCAUCCCAUGCAACCGCCAGGUCUCGGCGAGAUCAGCCAUGCGCGAGAGCAGAGCAAGAAUCCAUGACUUCAUCGACAAGGUAUCAAGAUCUCUUUCUGCUGCCGGAAGAACUGGCCUCGGUUCUUUAUUUUCCACGGACAGCUAGCUAAAGAAGACAAUGCCCUCACAAACACUCGCAGGUUAAUGCAAAUCUAUCGAAGAGGAGACACAGGUCACCGGCGGCAGCUCUUCUUCCCCCGAGGUCUUUCGUCUGCAACCCAUUCUCGCCGCCGCCGGAGUACAGCUACCGGCCGGAGAACUGCUCCGAAGGGGAGAUCCGGCCGGAAGACAUUCCCCAGGUACAGCCAUUAAAGCUCUCGAUGAACUCUCACCCGCCGUGAACCCUAACCCUAAUUCGGCUCCUUCUUCCCCGAAGAUACUCGGCGGACACGCCUGUUCAAUCGGCGACGACAGGGCCUGCGGAAUUCUCACCUAUGCCGCCGCAGCUCAGAGCCUGCUCAGCUUGUUCCCAACAUUGGAGGAGCUGGCGAGUUGCAGGCCGGUGAGGGAGGCGUUCGCCGGCGUCGUGUCCGGCCACUGCGGGCCACUCGGAAGGUCUUCGCGCAUGGCCUUGGCGGGCAUAGCGGCGCUGGCGACCACCAUGGUCUUCCUGGUCCUGGCAUGGGCGACGGCCGCCAGCCAAGACUGUAAACACCACACCUCCAACGUAAGCAACCAUUGCCAGAGGCAGGAGAUGGGUUCUCCAGCUCAGAGCCCGGCAUGA